UUUUUCUGCAGUCUCCCUUCCAAGACACACCCCCUUGGUUGAGGGAGUGACGUCAGGUUAAAGCCACCGGGACGCGUCCCGGCAUCUCUAAAUCACGGCGUUCUGGCCUCUUCGGCCUCCGUCCGCCGCGGCCUAGGGUCGAGCUUCUCAGUGACUGACCCACCGCCACCGACUGCGCUCUCCCGUGGGUCGGCUCUGCUCGCCAUGCCUCCGCCGCAGGGUGACGUGACCGCCUUAUUCAUCGGGCCUCCAGGCUUGGGAAAGUCUGCGCUGAUCGCAGCGCUGUGCGACAAGGAUGUGGAGACACUCGAGGCUCCCGAGGGACGGCCGGACUCCGGGGUCCCCAGCCUGAGAGCUGCGGGCCCAGGCCUUUUUCUGGGCGAGCUGAGCUGCCCACCCGCAGCGCCCGGGCCCUGGGCGGCGGAAGCCAACGUGCUGGUACUGGUGCUGCCUGGACCUGAGGGGAACGGCGAACCCUUGGCCCCAGCCCUGGGAGAGGCAGCGCGGGCCGCCCUGGCCCGAGGGACGCCGCUACUGGCUGUGCGGAACCUCCGUCCUGGGGAUUCACAGAAUGCCACCCAGGCCCGUGAUCAGACUGCAGCUCUGCUGAACAGCGCCGGGUUAGGAGCCGCGGAUCUGUUUGUGCUACCGGCGAACUGCAGCAGCUGCGAAGGCUGCGAGGAGCUAGAGCGCCUCCGGGUGGCACUGCAGAGCCAGGCAGAAGCGCUGAGGAGGCUCCUGCCACCGGCCCAGGAUGGUUUCGAGGUGCUAGGUGCAGCAGAGCUGGAGGCUGUGCGUGAGGCCUUUGAGACCGGCGGCCUGGAGGCUGCGCUGUCGUGGGUACGCUCAGGUCUGGAGCGCCUGGGCAGUGCACGGCUAGACCUGGCCGUGGCCGGCAAGGCUGACGUGGGCCUUGUGCUGAACACGCUGCUUGGAUUGGAUCCUGGCGACCCAGGUGCUGCGCCUGCUUCGGUGCCCACGGGACCCACUCCCUUCCCGGCCCCAGAGCGCCCGAAUGUGGUGCUCUGGACUGUGCCUCUGGACCCCGCGGGCACUGCCACCACCCCCGCUGCCACCUCCCACCCUUCGCACUAUGAUGCCCUCAUCCUCGUCACCCCUGGGGCCCCCACUGAGAAGGACUGGGCCCAGGUCCAGGCCUUGGUGCUACCAGAUGCGCCUCUCGUCUGUGUGCGCACAGACGGCGAGGGUGAGGAUCCGGAGUGUGUAGGAGAAGGCAAGAUGGAGAAACCCAGCAGCGAGAGCUUAAAGAGCGCAGGCGGAGGGGAAUUGGAGAAUGGACUCAGUCAGGGAAGGGAGAAAUAUAGCGGUGGAUCGCAGAAAGCAGGCAGCGGGGAAGGUUCUGGGAAAGCUCGCAGCGAGGGUUUGCAGCAGGUUGUUGGCGUGAAGAAAUCGGGUGGUGGGGACUCAGAGCGGGCCGCCGCGUUAAGCCCAGAGGAUGAGACGUGGGAGGUACUGGAGGAGGCACCGCCGCCAGUGUUCCCCCUACGGCCUGCCGGACUCCCAGGGCUGUGCGAAUGGCUGCAGCGAGCGCUCCCCACAGCCCAGGCAGGGGCGCUGCUGCUGGCGCUGCCACCAGCGUCUCCCAGCGCUGCCCGAACCAAGGCUGCGGCACUGCGGGCCGGGGCGUGGAGGCCAGCUCUGCUGGCUAGCCUGGCGGCGGCAGCAGCACCACUCCCAGGACUGGGCUGGGCAUGCGACGUAGCGCUUCUGCGGGGUCAGCUGGCCGAAUGGCGACGGGGCCUGGGGCUGGAACCCGCGGCGCUGGCUCGACGUGAGCGCGCUCUGGGUCUGGCUCCUGGGGAGCUGGCAGCGCGUGCCCAUUUCCCAGGCCCGGUGACGCGGGCUGAGGUGGAAGCAAGGCUGGGCGCGUGGGCGGGUGAGGGCACUGCUGGGGGCGCAGCACUGGGCGCACUCUCCUUUCUGUGGCCUGCUGGUGGCGCAGCGGCGACAGGUGGCCUGGGCUACCGCGCGGCUCAUGGGGUCCUGCUGCAGGCGCUCGAUGAGAUGCGGGCUGAUGCCGAGGCCGUGCUGACACCCCCUGAGUCUGCACAGUGAGGGGUGGGAUGGGGGCCAGGCUCCCCUAAGUUUCACCUCAAGGGGAGGGGGCUUGGGAAUCCAGAUUCUGGCAGGGGAUGUCUGGGCUUAAUUCUGGGUGCUUGAAGGGGAUGUGGACUCUGACUUCUAGCUGGGAUAUGUGACUUCUCAUCACCUGGAUUCAGAGAAUCUGGGGGACAGGAAUCCUGAUUUCUUUAGGAACCAUGGGGCAUGACAUCCGGACCCUUCAGUCCUGAAGGGAGUUGGUGGCUGGGACUCUGGAAGGGACUAUGCCUGUGUCUCCUAGGGAGUAGAAACUGGAGUUAUUGGAUGUUUAGUCCUCCAGUGGAGGAGGGUCGAAGUCCUGUUUCCUAAUUGGUGGGGAGGUGUCCAUGACUGGGACCUGAACUCCAGUAUAGGGGUGGGAGACCUGAGCGCCCCAGGGAGCUGGAACUCAUGGGCUUCAGAGCCUCAGGGAAACAGGGUCUACAUUUCUCUUGGAGAAAAAGCCUGCACACAGGUCCCAAAGGAGCAGUGGGCUUUGAAUCUUUAUGGGGUUGAGGAGGCCUCUGGAGUCUCAGCCUCCUGGGUUCCAAGAUGGCUGGGGACUUUGGUUCCUAAUUCUUGGGUCAGGGGAGGUCUGCAUCUGGAGGAGGGAUUGAGGGCUUGUGGGAGAAAGCUCUUGAUCACUCCUGGGGAGUAGAUGGGUUUCUACUAACUGCCCUCCAAAAGUCUGUUUGUAGAGACGGUGGUCCCACAAAAAUGAGGUGAGGUGGGUAAGAGGUCUGGGCAUGGUGGGCUCUGAGAGUAGCUGGGGACCAGGAAUGAGGCCUUCUGGGUGUGGAAGGGCAGGAAAGCACACCUCAGAGAUAGAGCUUCUGUAAACCUUGUGUUGGGAUCCCGGCAACUGCCUCUGUGAGUGUGACUGGGAAGGGAUAUAACUGCCUUCACUUUCUAGGUGCUGAGCGAUUCAGGUGAUUUCUGGGGAGUCUGUUCCUCUGUCUCUUUUCUUUAGGGAUAUCUAUCUGUUUUUGGCCUCAGUUUCUCCUGUCAUUUAGCCAUAACCCUUUCUGGCCUUGGUGUUUUGUGCACCUUCCUUUUUGGAAGAGCAGCUGUGCUGCUGCACUGGUCCAAACACUUCUGUGUGGCUGCCUUGGGUAUCUCCAAGAGGCUCUGCUUUCUUGUGUACAUAGAGGGUGCUGUAUUGAGCCAGGGGCCCACCAAAUGAGUGGGCAGGCAUUUGAGACCAUGGGAAUAUGCCAGGAGUGAGUGAAGCAAAGGCAGAAACCACAGUGCCUGGAAUGUUCUAGGCUGCUAGCUACAUGUAGGGGGAAAGCUGCAGGUUAUAGAAUUCUUCAGCAUCAGAAACAGAAAAGGAGGAUCUGAAAAUCCAAACAAAGUCCAGAGAGGGCAGGCUUGAGGCCCAAUAGCACACAGUGAGGCCCUGCAGGUCUGGCCCUUGCCUGUUCUCAUUCCCUGCCACUUCCCACUCCCAUCCAGCCUGAUAGGCUUUUCUUU